AUGGCAUCGCUCGCGUCGACUGCUCUCCUGCCGCGCGCUGCCGUUAGACCGCGAUGCGCCGCGCCAUUUCCCGCCUCUCGCCUCUCCGCCGCCUCCGCUCUCGGCGCACGGACAUGCCUUCCGCCACUCCCCGCGCUCUCCGCGAAGCGACGCGCCACUUCUGUGCGCGCCGCUGCCGCUGCAGCGGCGCCUCCGGCGACCGCGGCGAUGGUAAAGGCCGGCGCGCUGACCGAUGUCGCGCAAGCCGUCUACUCGCGCGUCGUGCCGGCAGGGUUCGCGGCGGGUCUCGGGCUCACGGAGGUGUCGGUGAGUCGCGCGGGGGACGCGCUCGGGGUUGUCCUUUUCCUCCGCGAGAGCAUCGUUGGGCUGGCAACGCUCGUCGUCAUCUACUGCGCGCCGCAGAUCUGCCGCGCGCUCAACCACGUGUGGGGGACGUACGUGAUGAGCGACGAGGAGGUGACGGAGGAGGAGUUCGGUGACAGCAUGUUCGGCGCGCUCGUCCGCCCCAUGCAGUUCGCACUCGCUUCUGCCUUCCUCACGCGCCAUCUGCAUGUGCUGGUGCCGGCGCUGAGGCAGGCGGGGCAGGCGGCGCUGAUGGCGAGGGCGAGGGGCGUGGCGCUCGUGGUGGCGGCGGCGUGGUUUGCCAUCGGGUGGAAGGACCGCCUCUUGAAGCUCGUCGCUGCUCAACGCCCCGAUGACAAGCCGGUGCUGGCGAACGUGAGUGCGGUGCUGACGCUGCUGCUGCGUGUGCUGGCGGGCAUCACCAUUGCUGACAUGUUUGGCAUCAGCCUCAAGUCGCUCAUCGCCAUCGGUGGUAUCUCAGGAUUCGCGUUGGCGUUCGCAUCGGAGAAGGUCGUGACCAACUUCUUUGGCGGGCUCAUGCUCAUCCUCACACAGCCGUUCGCGCUGAGGGAGAAGAUCCGCGUGGUGGGGCUCAAGGGCAAGGUGCAGGAGAUUGGCUUCCUGCACACCACCAUUGAGGGCGAUGAUUUGUCGCCCAUCAUCAUCCCCAACUCCAUCUUCACGUCUGCUGUCAUAACGAACCUCACGCGGGCGGGGUGCAAGACAUUGGAGGCAGCGUUCGUGCUGCGGCACGAGGACGUGCCUCGCGUGAAGGCCAUCACUCACGCACUCACGGCAUACUUGCAACAGCACCCAAGGGUGGACAAAAGCAAGGGCCCCGCCAUGGGGUACUUGAAGCAGCUCACCGGGUCGGGGCUGCAGAUUGGCGUUGUGGCUUCCAUUAAAGACCAACACUGCCAUCAUCCGCAGCAGCACCCCCGCGUGGACCGCUCAAAGGGCCCCGCCAUGGGGUACCUGAAGCAGCUCACCGGAUCGGGGCUGCAGAUUGGUGUCGUGGCGUCCAUUAAAGACAUGGUGGGCGGUGGGAUGGUUAGCGGGUGGUUGCACGGGAUAGAGGGUGCAUGGCAGGACCCGCGCGUCAGCAAGGACCCCGCCAUGGGGUACUUAAAGCAGCUCACCGGGUCGGGGCUGCAGAUUGGUGUCGUGGCGUCUAUCAAAGACAUGGUGGGUGGAGGGCGAGGGGUAAUGGGUGGGUGCAUGAUCGGUUUCGUGGUGGGUGGUGGGGAGAGGAUGGGGGUGCAAGGGGGGGUGGAUGGGGAUGCAUGGGGAGGGGAUGGGGGGGCGCAUGGGGGGAAGGAUGGGGGGGCGCAUGGGGGGAAGGAUGGGGGGGCGCAUGGGGGGAAGGAUGGGGGGGCGCAUAGGGGGAAGGAUGGGGGGGGGGGGUUGCAUUGGGGGGCCAUGGGGUACCUGAAGCAGCGCACGGGGCCGGGGCUGCAGAUUGGUGUUGUGGCGUCCAUGAACGACAUGAGCAAGGGCAAGUUCCUGCCAGUGCAACAGGAGAUACUGGAGAAGAGCGUGGAGAUCAUUCUAGCGGAGGGGGCUGCCAUCAUGAGCCACUCCCGCCACCUCCUUUCACUCCCUCGUGCCCGCACGCCCACUCCUAUCUCACUCCACCCCACACUCCCCCUCCAUCGCCAUGCAGAGCAAGGGCAAGUUCCUGCCAGUGCAGCAGGAGAUACUGGAGAAGAGCGUGGAGAUCAUUCUAGAGGAGGGGGCACUGCUGGGCGAGAGCGCUCCCUAUGUGCCCUCCGCCUCCAAUGGCUCCACUGCCUCUACCUAUGCCGCGCGCAAGAACCUUCUGUGGCAACGCCGCCGCCGCAGCGCCGCACUCCAGUAGACACCACGGCGCUGGGGGCAUGGCACAGCGCUGGGGGCAUGGCACAGCGCUGGGGGCAUGGCACAGCGCUGGGGGCAUGGCACAGCGCUGGGGACAUGGCACAGCAGUGA